CCUUUCUACAACUCUCAACAAUUGUAUUUUAUCCAGAGUUUACUACUGACCAAUACAUCACACACUGAUGGCAGAAUUUUUGGUCUAAUGCAUUUUCUUGUGCUGCAUGGUAUCACUACCUACAUAUAUAAGUCAAUGUGACUUCAGCCACUGUUUCAACAAUGUCUAUCAGAUUAUGACACAAUUGGUUAUGAUAAAAAAAAAACAUUACUUUUAAUUGUAAAGUAUUAUCUGCAUCUAAUUGUGAAACAUUCAGUAAUAAUUGGAUUUAUGAAUGAAACCACAUGUUAGCUUCAUUUUCUGCUGCUUGAAAUCGUUUUCAUUAUGACACACUUGAUCUCUGUUGUUGUUAUUCUGUUUUUCAAACUGAUGUAACUAACUUUGACAGUUAGUCCCUUUUCACAGUUUAUAUACUUUGUUGUAUACCUUCUCUUGUUAAUAAUGAAAUUCAGUUCAUUUUACUUCCUCUCUGUCUCUGCAUAAUCCUUUCACUCUGCAUAAUCUUCAUUGCUCUCUGCAUUGGCCCUAAGAGUGGUAUCCAGAGCAAGGUUCGAAACUCGGUGCGGACAGCUCAAGACGUGUCAAAGAAGAAAGGUGUUCGUACGUAAUGGCUGGGAUGAUGCAUAGCAACCUACCUGUAUUUGAUGGUAAAGGAUUUGAUGAUUGGUGCAUCAAGAUGGAUGCGAUCCUCGGUUUCCAAGAAGUCGAUGAAAUUGUAAGAAAAGGUUUCAAAGAACCUUCCAAAGACGACACAGAAGCAGUUAAGAGGCAGUACAAGGAAAAUCGAAAAUUGGAUUGUAAAGCGCGAAUGCUGCUACAUCAGUGCGUAUCCGCAACAAUCUUUCAGAAGAUUUCAAAGGCUACUACGGCGAAAGAGAUUUGGGACAUCUUACAGGAUGGUUAUGGCAAUUCUGGGAAAGCCAAGAAAGUUAGAUUGCAGUCACUCCAGAGGCAGUAUGAGCUUCUCACUAUGGGGGAACAAGAAACAGUUGUAGAGUACAUUGGAAGAAUCCAAUUGAUUGUGAAUGCAAUGAGAGGGUGCGACAAGGUAGUGAAGGACAAGAAAAUUGUUGAAAAAAUACUUCGAACGCUAACCCCUCAAUUUGAUCAUAUAGCCUUGACCAUAGAAGCAACCAAGGAUCUCGAGCAGAUGAGGGUGGAGGAAUUGCAGAAUUCCUUAGAAGCGUUUGAGCAGAGGUUAGUUGAAAGAAGGAAUGCUGAAAAAGCUUCUCAAGGCGUGAGUCAAGCUUUACAAACAAGAAAUGAUUACAAACCCAGAGGCCAUGGCAGAGGAAGAGGACGUGCUCGGGGAGGUCGAGCUGGUGGCAGAAAUUCGAGUGGUGCCGACCAAAAUGAUGAAGAUGAAAACAGUGAAAACAAGAAUGGCGGCAAGAGAGGCGGAAAGUAUUCAAGAGGAAGAGGAAGAAGCAAGGUUGACAAAAGAAACAUUCAAUGUUUCACAUGCAGUAAGUUCGGACACUANNCAUCCGAAUGCUGGCACAACGAAGAAGCGAUGAAAAACAAAGGAAAAGAGGAAGCUAAUCUUGCGCAAGAAGCUGACAAUUCCGAUUCAGAUCACGUGCUAUUGAUGAGUGCUAUCGAUUCAGAUAAAGAAACGCAGCAGUGGAGUUUAGCACAGGAAAAUUGUUUGAACGUGUGCAAGGUGGUAGCAUGCAGCGGAGGCAAGUGUCAAGAAAAGAAGGCAAACAGAACACCCAACGAAGACAGGUGUCAGGAAGAGGAUGUACACGUGUCGAUGGCACAUGAAACGCAUCAUGCAGAAGAUGAGACUUGUUGGUAUUUAGAUACAGCAUGUUCAAAUCACAUGACGGGGAGGAAAGAAUGGUUGUUAGAUCUUGAUCCAAAAAUCAGAAGUAAUGUGCGGUUUGCUGAUGAUAGCGUUAUCAUGGCUGAAGGGGCUGGCAAGAUCUUGAUCAAACGCAAGGAUGGGAGAUCUGCAUAUAUGAACAAUGUGUUAUACGUCCCAAAUAUGAAGAGUAAUUUGUUGAGCUUGGGACAGCUUCUUGAAAAAGGAUAUACGAUGAAGAUGCAUCAGAAGCACAUGGAGGUGUUUGACGAAAGGCAGCAACUCGUUCUCAAAGCCCCGCUUGCCAAGAAUAGAACGUUUAAGGUAAAACUAGAUGUUGUUGUUGUACAAUGUUUGGCUGCAAUUGAUACGAAAGAGGAAGCUUGGUUGUGGCACUGUCGUUUCGGUCAUCUGAACUUUCAGAGUCUGAGCUUGCUAAAAUCCAAGAAUUUUGUGAAAGGGGUUCCAGCAAUACAAAUACCUGACAGAGUAUGUGAAGCGUGUGCUAUAGGGAAGCAUACCAGAAAUGAAUUUAAGAAAACUACAUACAAGAGAGCCAAACAACCCCUUGCUGUCAUCUAUUCAGAUGUGUGCAGACCCUUCAAUGUGGAGUCAAUCGGAGACAAUCUGGUUUGCAGGUUAAGAUUUUUAGAACAGACGAUGGUGGAGAGUUUAACUCUCACGAAAUGGACAGUUUUUGUACUGGAAAAGGCAUCGUACAUGAGGUGAUAGCCCCAUAUACACCACAACAUAAUGGCAUCGCUGAAAGGAGGAAUAGGAUGUUGCUUGACAUGACCAGAUGCUUACUUAAAGCCAAGAA